GGGAGGGGCGGCGGGUCAGUCUCCGCCGGGCGCUCCGGGGGAUCAGCUGGCGGGCGGGCGGGCGCCGAAAGCUGCCCCGGCUCUCGCUGCAGCGCCGCCUCCUCUCCGCGUCGCAGGCCGGCCCCGCGGCCGUGACAAUGUUGCAGGGCUGGUAGCUGGGCGCCAGCCGCCGAGCCUUCUCAAGUUUAAACUUACGCGAAUCGCUCUCUUGAGGAGGAGGGGACCGCGGCGCGAUUGACACGCAUAUUCCUAUAGGCAUCCUCCCUCAGCCCCCACCCCCACGGCCGGAUUCGGGUGGCUCCUCUCCGAGCUGAAAUCCGAGAAGAAAUCCUUGGAUCUCUUGUUUUCUUAAAAAAAAAAAAAAAUCCAGAAACCUUCGGUAUUUUGCUCUACUGCUUCCUAUUCUCAAGAUGAAGAAGUUUUUCGACUCCCGGCGAGAGCAGGGCGGCUCUGGCCUGGGCUCUGGCUCCAGCGGAGGUGGGGGCAGCACCUCGGGCCUGGGCAGUGGCUACAUCGGAAGGGUCUUUGGCAUUGGGCGACAGCAGGUCACUGUGGACGAGGUGUUGGCGGAAGGUGGAUUUGCUAUCGUGUUUCUGGUGAGGACAAGCAAUGGAAUGAAAUGUGCCUUGAAACGCAUGUUUGUCAACAAUGAGCAUGAUCUCCAAGUGUGCAAGAGAGAAAUCCAGAUAAUGAGAGACCUAUCAGGGCACAAGAAUAUUGUGGGUUACAUUGACUCCAGUAUCAACAAUGUGAGCAGUGGUGAUGUAUGGGAAGUGCUCAUUCUGAUGGACUUCUGUAGAGGAGGCCAGGUGGUCAACUUGAUGAAUCAGCGCCUACAGACAGGUUUUACUGAGAAUGAAGUGCUGCAGAUAUUUUGCGACACUUGUGAAGCCGUUGCCCGCCUGCACCAGUGCAAAACUCCUAUUAUCCACCGUGACCUGAAGGUUGAAAAUAUCCUGUUGCAUGACCGAGGCCACUAUGUCCUGUGUGACUUUGGAAGUGCCACCAACAAAUUUCAGAAUCCACAAACUGAGGGAGUCAAUGCAGUAGAAGAUGAGAUUAAGAAAUACACAACGCUGUCCUAUCGAGCACCAGAAAUGGUCAACCUGUACAGUGGCAAAAUCAUCACUACGAAGGCAGACAUUUGGGCUCUUGGAUGUUUGUUGUAUAAAUUAUGCUACUUCACUUUGCCAUUUGGAGAGAGUCAGGUGGCAAUUUGUGAUGGAAACUUUACAAUUCCCGAUAACUCUCGAUAUUCCCAAGACAUGCACUGCCUAAUUAGAUAUAUGUUGGAACCAGACCCUGACAAAAGGCCGGAUAUUUACCAGGUGUCUUACUUCUCAUUCAAACUACUCAAGAAAGAAUGCCCAAUUCCUAAUGUACAGAACUCUCCCAUUCCUGCAAAGCUUCCUGAACCAGUGAAAGCCAGUGAGGCAGCUGCAAAAAAGACCCAGCCAAAGGCCAGACUGACAGAUCCCAUUCCCACAACAGAGACUUCAAUUGCACCCCGUCAGAGGCCUAAGGCUGGGCAGACUCAGCCAAACCCAGGAAUCCUUCCCAUCCAGCCAGCUCUGACACCUCGAAAGAGGGCCACAGUUCAGCCCCCACCCCAGGCUGCAGGAUCCAGCAAUCAGCCUGGCCUUUUAGCCAGUGUUCCCCAGCCCAAAACCCAGCCCCAACCCAGCCAGCCUGUACCUCAGCCUCAGCCCAAGCAGCCACAGGCUCCGCCCACCCCACAGCAGACGCCUGCCACUCCAGCCCAGGCUCUGCCCACCCCAGCCCAGGCCACCCCCCAGCACCAGCAGCAACUCUUCCUCAAGCAGCAGCCGCAGCCGCAGCCGCAGCCGCAGCCGCAGCAGCCGCCGCCUUGCCAGCAGCCUGCAGGCACGUUUUACCAGCAGCAGCAGCAGCAGCAGGCCCAGCAGGCUCAACAGUUUCAGGCAGUACACCCAGCAGCCCAGCAGCCAGCGAUUGCCCAGUUCCCUGUGGUGUCCCAAGGAAGCUCUCAACAGCAGCUGAUACAGAACUUCUACCAGCAGCAGCAGCAGCAGCAGCUGGCCACGACCCUGCAUCAGCAGCAGCUGCUGACUCAGCAGGCUGCCUUGCAGCCGAAGAGCGCUGUGGCAGCGGCACAGCAGCCCCAGGCACAGCCGGCCACAGCCCCGCAGCCACCCCCGGCCCAGGAGCCCGCGCAGAUUCAAGCCCCAGUAAGACAACAGCCAAAGGUUCAAACAACCCCACCUCCUGCCGUCCAAGGACAGAAACUCGGAUCUCUCACUCCUCCGUCAUCCCCCAAGACCCAACGUGCUGGGCACAGGCGGAUUCUCAGUGACGUAACCCAUAGUGCGGUCUUCGGGGUCCCUGCCAGCAAAUCAACCCAGCUGCUCCAGGCAGCUGCAGCCGAGGCCAGCCUCAAUAAGUCCAAGGGUGGGAACCUACCUAGGUCUGCAACCACCACUCCAUCAGGCUCUCCUCGGACCUCCCAGCAAAAUGUUUAUAAUGCUUCCGAAGGUUCUACGUGGAAUCCCUUCGAUGAUGACAAUUUCUCCAAACUCACAGCUGAAGAACUGCUGAACAAGGACUUUGCCAAGCUGGGGGAAGGCAAACAUCCGGAGAAGCUUGGAGGCUCAGCUGAGAGUUUGAUCCCAGGCUUUCAACCAACUCAAGGUGAUGCCUUUGCCACUCCUGCAUUUUCUACUGGAACCGCUGAAAAAAGGAAGGGUGGGCAGACUGUGGACUCUAGCCUCCCACUUCUAAGUGUAUCUGAUCCUUUUAUCCCUCUUCAAGUACCUGAUGCACCAGAAAAACUAAUUGAGGGACUCAAAUCUCCUGACACUUCUCUCCUGCUCCCUGACCUCUUGCCUAUGACAGACCCUUUUGGUAGCACUUCCGAUGCUGUAAUUGAAAAAGCUGAUGUUGCUGUUGAGAGUCUCAUACCAGGACUGGAGCCCCCAGUGCCCCAGCGCCUUCCAUCCCAGACGGAAUCUGUGACCUCGAACCGCACAGAUUCUCUCACCGGGGAAGAUUCCCUGAUUGAUUGCUCCUUGCUUUCUAACCCUACUACUGACCUGCUGGAAGAGUUUGCCCCCAUAGCGAUUUCUGCUCCAGCCCAUAAAGCUGCAGAAGAUAGUAAUCUCAUCUCAGGUUUUGAUGUCCCUGAGGGCUCGGACAAGGUGGCAGAAGAUGAGUUUGACCCUAUUCCUGUAUUGAUAACCAAAAACCCACAAGGUCUUUAUCGUGUCCUCCCCCAAGAAGACAAAGCAAACAGAGGUACACGAAGCUAUCUUGUACAGCAAAAAUAUGAAAUUUAAACACUGCUACGCAAGUAUUGUAUAAAAAAAGUCUGUAAACAAUUUAUUAUGUAAACAUACAGGGGAAUAAAGACUUAUCUGUUCAACCAGGAGCCUGAUGUUCACAGAUGUAACUACCUUAAAAUAGCUGCUGUUUUCCUAAUCUGAAAGUCCACUUUUGCACAAAGGAUAUAAACCCAUUGUCGAGCAGCAGUAAGUAUCCGUGCACAAGGGAAGUGCAGACUUGCUGAGGACAUUUAGUGAGUCAUGGCCACCUACCCUGGAGUCAGGGAGAAUAAAAUCCCCGUGAGCCUGCAUUUGAUAUGACGAGAUGCGGGUUUGAAAAUGGAGCACAGAUUUGCAGCUACCCUCCUCUAAUUUAAUCUUUAAUAUACCCAGGCCAGUUUAAUUAAACAUUUUAUGUUGGCCACAGCAGUUUUAUGCCCAGGGAGAAAUCUCAUUUAAUUGCUCCACUGGCAUGAGAAGCACAGCUUCACUGGCCCGUGCUGGCUCCCAUCAAAUCCCUGUUCCCCAGUCCUGGGUCUUAAUGCCACCACACAACAUAUGGUAGAACUAAACCCUUAAUUUUAUUAUCAAAGCUAAAAGGUCAUGGAAAAUUAUUAAUUUGAUAUACAUCGCUUGAUUCCCUAAUUUGGCUGCAGCAGUGUGACUUUCAAUUGGUGCUGCAUUUCUGACAUUCUUAUGAAGGGAUAUUUUGCUUUCUAUUUGCUAAAUGUAUGAGGAGGUUUCUCUUAUUCCCCAAGUCUUCGUUUUCAGUUUUUAGCAAGAACUAUGUCUUUGAUAUUUCCUAUGCCUGUUAUUUCAGUUUGUAGUAUGGAGGAAAGGAAAAUUCUGGAUUACGCAUGACAUAUUGCACUAAAGAGUAUCCAGCCUGAAAUUUAAGUCUUCAGAUUUUGUUUUAAAGCACUCUGAUGACCCUCUCACUAUGUCCAUCAGAUAAAGUUCUGAGGGUAAACGUACCCCAAAUCACUCAACAGUUAUGGUUGCUUUGGAAGUUAACAGUCAGUUAGUGAGGAGAGUUGCCAAGUCAUCAGAUACUUCUGGGGACUCCUUUCCUACUGUGUCAAGUAUAUGAACUCUUAGGGAAAUCUACACAAUUUGGAGCCUCAGAAGAGACUAAAACAGCAUUAUCCCUGGUAGAAGUCUCAAAAAGUGUGCUUAGCCUUAACUUUACACACAGUCCUACAUGAGAGCAAGAAAAAGACGCAUGUCUUACUUUCUUAAUUUAAUGCCCCAAAGCACAAUGAAAAGAGACAUAACCCAGUUUGAGGGAAUUAGAACAAAAUGCCCUACUUUAGGCUUUAUAAUAUGAAGACCCUUGUGCAGACUCUAGGACCAGGCCCUAGAUUUAAGCCCCCCCCCCCACCCCCUUCCUCAGGAACAACGGGCUGACUUUUUGAGCUCUGUGGUCACAGGGCAUCUGCUAUGUGUGGUUGGUUACCAAAGGAACAGGACCAAGACAUGAGGUUAAAUGAGUGCUACUCCUUCAUUGCUAGCGGCCAGACCGAUGCAAACAUGUUUUCCUAAUAAUGCAAGGCUGUCUUAUCUAUAAGGACUGUGCACCUUGAAAACACAUGCUUUCCCUACCCUACAAGAACACACUCAUAUUCCAAAAAGAACCUCAAACUUCCAACAAGGCUCAGUGUCCAUCUUCUCACACUUAUUUAGAAUCUCUCAUUCUCUUGACUGUUUGGUUCUUGCACUGAGGGAGUGAGGAUAUCUGUGCUUCCCCAAACCCACUGGCAUUCUUUGGUCUCCAGAAUGCCCGGCUUGGAGAGCUGCAGAGUGCGGUUGCCCUCUGCGGUGGUCACACCCACCUUCUCUAAAAAAGAAUGAAGAGGUUAAGAGACUUGGCCUUCUCAGAAAAAUCUUUUAAAUUAGUUUUCCAACUCUGGAAAGCUAGAAUAAUGCUGAAAAAUAGAAAUGGGUCUGGCCUUGUUUUGAAGAACAGGAAAUAAGUUUUCCCUGCCAACUCAAUGUUAUAGGGUUUUUGUUACUGUGCUUGUGAAUUUUUAAAAGCGCUUGAAAUUUUAGGUAUGAUUUUUCCUAUUACCAUCAAAGUCCUAGAAUAUGCCAGCUUGGCAGGUUUCCAGUUGACCAAGAACCCACUUUUUAAGUAAUCGAGUAAGGUUAAGCGUGUUCUUCUGUCCUGUCCAGCUCUGGAUGUGGACACCUCUACUUGGCAUUUGGUAGUUCUCGAAAUGGAAUCUAAGACUGCAGGCAUCCGAGGUACCCCUGGCUCUAUAGGGAGCUGCUUCUCGACAUUCUCUACAUACAAAUCGAUCUGACUGAAUUCAGUUUAAAUUUCCCCAAAACACUAACUCCUGUAAACUGUCGUUCAGUUUUUAUGAUUGAUGGGUAUGAUGCUGGAAUCGGGAAUUAGCUUGACUAAAUAUACCAUUUUUUCCCCUAAGAGAUAUUUGCUUUCCUACAGAACCAGCUUGAUAACAUCCACUUUUAGGGUAGUUUUGGAAGAUAAGAAAUUGUGCCUUAGUUUGGGCAACUAAAAACUUUGUCUAGCUGAUGCUAUCUUAGAAAGUGGUUCAAGGAGUUUGGGGAUGGCUUUCAUAUCCCUUUGCUUGGUAAACAUUAUUUUGGAAAGCUUCUUUGCUCCCUUUCAUUUGAAUUUCCUCCCAGAAAUCAUAAUCACCUAGGAAUCACAGUGACAGAACUAAUAAUCAGUAUACUUACCUGAGAGGUUAGGAUUAUGUCUCUCCACAUACAUUGCAAGAGAAAAAGUGUUCUGUUUACUUUCUGUCUGCUAAUGCUUUCAUAUCACCACGUAGGUACACAUACUAACGCUGUAACUCAAGAAUUUAUCCUCUUCAAAAUCGUAUUCUUCAAACACUAUUCAGAAAGCCAUUUGGCACCAGCACAGAAUUUUACUUAAAGACUCUAAUUAGGAAUUCGCUGAAUGCAUUCGAACUCUUAGAAAAUGAGGGGGCACCCACCUUUUUUUAAUUUCAGAAAAUAUUUAAGGUCAGAGCUGUUUAAAACGCACUGCUAAAAAGUUAUGUAGAAUUCCUAGAAACAUAGUAUUUGUGUACAGUAUCUUCUAAAAUGUUCCGAUCUCUCUCUACAUCUCUUUACAUACAAUGUAAUGUCUCUAAGUGACUGGUUUCCCAAUAAACUGAUUUUGAUGUGC